UUGAGCUCGGUGUUGGUGCCAUGUGAAUGACCCAAAUAACGGCAAACAAACCGGAGAAAAGAACUCUACUGAUAAAAGUUGCCAAAGUGCAAAUGUAAAUCGGUUUAGCAGGGAGCUGAAAACUGUUUUCCUUUCCUUGUCCUGCCCAUUGCCAUUGAGCUCGUUUCCUUUCUGAGCAUAAUUUGCAUAGAGUUCGUAGUUGUGUUCGUAGUCAUUGUUAUAAUCAUAGCUUGUGUGAUGUUAUGUUGAAGUAAAUUCCCUUUUGGCAUGCCUGGUUACCGAGCUUCGAGCUGCCUGAUUCGAAUGCGGGGCAAGUUGUUUAGGCUGUUGCCUGGUGGCAAGUUGCAAGUGGCAAGUGGCAUGUGGCAGGUGGCAGGCUACAGUUCAAUUCAGUUGCUGUGCAGCGCUUCGCUGGAAUAGUUCAGUGCUUCAUUUUUCGGGAUUUUGGGAUUUACUGCGGCGCAACUAUGCCAAGCGAUAAUCAUUUGCAUCACCAUCAUUUGGGUCUCAGUGGUGGACUGUCGCCACAUCACCAUCAUUUGCUGGAUAAUUCUUGUGGCAAUGCCGGCAUCACAGUGACAGAGCAUCAUCAUGGCAUUGAUAUGACAACGACACUACGCAGCGAAUUGGCAGCGUUGUCCUACAAAAAGGAGCGACUGACCAGUGAGCUUUCGGAGACACGCAGCGCGCUGUGCAGCAAGGAGUCCGAUGUGGAGAAUUUGCGUGCUCAGGCGGCGCGACAAACGGCGUUAAUUGGAUCGCUGCAAGGACGUCUGCAGGCAUCGGAGAGUCGCGAGCAGGCGGUGCAAGCACGUUGCGAUGCCACCAUACAGACAGUGCAGCGAGAGAAACGCGCCUCGGAUGAACGCAACAAGGAACUCCUCUGCCGCAUACAGCAUCUGGAGGGAGCUGCGGCCAGUGAGGAAUCCCAUAAGGAACAGGCCAAGGCGCAACUACACGAUCUGUUGCGUCGCCUCAGCGUUUGCCUUGGCAUGGAUGUGUGCGAGAACAAUGCGAACAGUCAUGCCACACCCGAGUGUGUUGUCUCGCGGGCCGAGGAGGUGAUGAUUGAGUUGCAGCGUGCCAAGGCAAAGGUCAGCUCCACUUGUGACACGCUCAGCUCGUGUGAGAACGAACUCUUGAAUCUCAAAUCGUUGGCCAACAUUGAGAAGCAACGUUUGAGCGCCCAGCUCGAUGGCGCUGGUAAUCACAAUCAUGAGCUCGAGGGACGGUGUCGACAGUAUGAACGAGAUCUGCAAUUGCAGCGCGAUCGACUCACCGAGUCUGAGAUCAAUGGCGAGAAAAUGAAGGAGGAGCUGCGUGGCUUCGAGUCGCGUUGCCAUCGCUUGCAGAACAACUUGGAUCGCAUUCAAGCGGAUCGCCUGCAGUUCCUGCGUGGCCUCAGCAAUCUCCUCAAUGUCCCCGAACCCUGCGAGACGCUGAUCAAGGACAAGCUGCGCGAACUUCUCGCCGAGAAUCAGGCCAUGCAUGCGCAAAUGCACUCGCUGCGCGAUCAGCUGAGCAAUGAGCACGAGAAGUUCAAGGAGACACAAGAGUCCGCCGAGUGUCGCCUGCGCACGGGGGAGGCACAGAAAUGCGAGCUAUCCGAGCGCCUGGAGAAGUGCCACGCCGAGAUUCAUACGCUGCGCAAGGAGCACAUGGGUCUCUCCGAGUAUCUGCAGCGUUUGGCGGCCGCACUUAGCUGGAGUGAAUGCUCAGCGCCGCCAGCUCUUGGCGCCGACACCAAUCUGAUGGCCGACAAUUUGCUGGAACGAGCCGAGCGUCUGGCAGCGCACUGCGAACACGAGGUGUCGCAUCAUCAUGCGGGUGGAGAGAAGAGCUGCUGCGAUCACCAUCAUCAUCAUCAUGGACAGGGCAAGUUGCGACGCGAACGCUCCUGCCACGAUAUACCGCUGAAGGAGAGCAGCAGCGUUUACAAUUUGCAGCGUCGUGUUCGCGUGCUGCGCGAACAGGUCCAACGACGUGAUCUCCAUUUGGAGUUGCUGCGUCGCAAGCUGGCCAUCAUUGAGGAUGGGGCACGUGGCAAGUGCAUGUUGCAGGGUGAACGCGAUGAGGCCGUUUGUCGUGCCAAAAAGGCGGCCAAACAGGUCGACAAACUGACCACACAACUGGCGGAUGCCCGUGGCCAGAUAGCUGAGGUGAAAGCGCAGCUGGCCGAGGCGGUGGAGUAUAAGAUCACAUCGUUGGAGCGGGCACGCAAGAUCGAUGAGCUGACCACACAGAUCUGUGAUCUGGAGGAUGAGAAGACACGCAUGCUAUCGCAGUUGAAUGCCGUGAAGGAGCGCAUGAAAUCGUCCUGUGAAUCCAAUCAGAAUCGACGCUGUCGCGAUGAGGCGUUGAUCAAUUCUCUGCGUGAUGAUGUCAGUCGCCUGAGCGCUCAGCUGUCCGAUGCCAAUCAGCGACUCUCGCAUUUGCAAUCCUUCCGCACUUCGGUCGCUCGCACUUUGCAUUUACGCGACUUACCCGAAACGGAUCUAUUGCAUCGCCUGCAGGCACUCUGCUCUGCCCAUCAGGAGUUCACGCUGCUCUCGAAACGCUAUGAGACUGCCUCGCCUGUCGGUGAUCAUCCGUGUCCGCGUUACGAUGAUCCUGUGCCUCCCUCGAGUCACUGUCGUCCCCCACGUGACCUGAGUCCGCCGGCUGCGCAUCAUCACACCUCUGCCAGUCACAAUCACUCUUCACACACUUUGUCGCAUUCACAUUCGCAUGGUCAUGCCAUUUCUCAUUCACAUUCGAUGCAUGGACGUCAUCAUCAGCGACAGCGUAGCAAGAGUCGCGAUAAGCGUUUGCAUGACGAGUGCUUCGAUUCGGAUGUGCAUCGUUUGCAUCAUGGCUGCAAGGAUCAACUGUUGGCCAACAAUUCUGGGGGAAGUUGCGAUGAGGACUAUGACUUUAAGAGCAAAUACUGCUGAGCGUUAGAGUUUCAGUAUAGUAUUUCAGAGCAUUAACCAUUUUUUGUAAGCAUUUUCGAAAUAAACUCGUCGAUUAAAACUUAUUCU